UCACCUCUCUGGUAGAAGAGGUGACCGAGCAAUGUAGGGGGCGUGGCUUGGUCCCUGAGAAUGGGAGGAGCAGAGGGCGUGGCUUUCGCUUUGAAGGCGUCCCCGGGUGGGUGGCGCUCGCUGUGCUCCUCUGCGGGCGGCAUGAACCGCAUCUGGAGGCUCAUGCGCGCGCUGCAGGUCCGGGUUGCUGGGCCAGAGAAGCAGCAUGUUGGCGUCGACCUCCACGGGAACAAAUACUAUCGGAUCCCGAAACAUGAAACCUGGGCAGGACAUAUCGUUCAGGAAAGAAGAUUUAUGGAACCAUUAGAUAUAAAGGAACAUGAGUAUGAAGCGGGGGAUAUGCCAACAGAAUGGGAAGCUUGGAUUAGAAAGAAGAGGAAGGAUCCACCUACAUUUGAGGAAAUUCUUAACAAUGAGAAAUUUCGAGAAGAUAAAGAAAGGAAAGUGGAGGACCGCCAUGAAAGAGACUGCGGAAACUCCUGCAUUCCGAAGAGUACGAAGAGGGAGCUUGGCGGCAGAGUCAGCUCAGAACCGGAACAAAGAGCAUCAUUCUGCUCAUCAGUAGCAGGAAGAAAUGAACUCUCAGAGGAUCCAGUCAGCACAGCAAAUACUUUUCAGCCUGGUUCCUGGAAACCUGCACAGGAUCAAGAACCUAAAAAAUAAGGGUUUGGUUGUAAAAAGAAAUUGUGUGAAUCACUGAAACAACAACCCAUUCAGUGAAAUAAAAUCUCUAAAUAUGGA